AUGGAAGAAGAAGGUCAAAGUGAGUCGCGUAGAGCGAGGAAACGUUCUCGAAGUAAUAGCUCGGAUGACUCAACAACCACGGAAAGAGAGAAGAAAACGAAGGGCACGUACAAUAGGCUUACUUUAAACGACGAUCCUGCUGUUUACGCGCGACGAAUUCCUUAUUUUGGAGAGAACUCGAUUAACAAUAUUUUAAAGGUCGUUUCGUUGCAAUCAUUCUCGAAUCCGCGUCUGUCUUUGCUAAACGACGGAGACCGAGAGAGCGAGCGAGACGAGGUUGCAGAUCACAAAGCAUCCAGGACGGGCGAGUCGGAUAGUCUGUCAGAUUCAAGCGAAGAAUUAACCCGAAGAGAUCGGCCCAGUUCAUCAAGUGAAGAUAGAGUUCCUUCCUCAGGACAUCCACAUAUUGUUUUCCCGUCUAAAUCCCGUAGCAAACGGGGUGAUUUCAAGAAUGGCAAUGUGUUGAACGAGGCAAUCACUGGAAAAGAUCAAAGAUACUGGGAAAAAAGGCAACGGAAUAAUGCGUCCGCUAAACGCUCAAGGGACGCGCGCCGCGUUCGAGAACUCGAGACUCAGAUAAGAGCUGAAUAUUUAGAGGAUGAAAAUUACAGGCUAAAGCUUGAAAAUGAAGUUCUACGUGAAGAGAACGCUCGAUUAACAAAAACUAUCGAAAGGCUUAAAGAGAACGCCAAUAACAGUGACAAAGAUUGCAGCGAAUAAAUUCACGAAAUACGGAAUAUUUUUUAUCAAGCGAGCCACAGUGGCGGUGAAGUGACUUAAGAAUACUUGGAUUGUUUUUUGGUUUGGUUAGAAGGGAUUUUGUUGCCGUUUUUUCGCACUGAGUUGCAAAACCGUAAACUAUUUCCAUUACUUGUGAGGUGUGACGCAACACGCCUUACGUAGACGUUCCGGCCAUCUUUAAGAAUGGAAUAUAAUAUGUAAAGUCGUAAAUAAUGUACAAUUGUUUUAGUCGACAACAACGCUACUCGACCCAGCUGUCUUUUAGUUUACAGAAAAACAUUGUCGUAAACGUUAAGGAGUGUUUAACUUCAGAAUCAAGCAGCCUGUUGGCUGUGUUUCAGUGUUUAUAAGGGUGAAAUUUUAAGAUUCGUGCCGUUCGUCUCAUGCAGGCACGUGCAUGCAGAAAUGCUCGCGUGAUAUAGAAUCACUCUAGUGGCACUAGAUUUCACUGAGGUCCAAACAAACGUCGUUUGAAUAUUAAACAAUCGUUAAAGGGUAGAAAUCACCCCUUAUUUAAAACGAGAACAGUCUUUACGUCCAUUUUCGGCUCGUAUAGUGCACAAAGUUAAAAAAAAAGCGACUCUUCCGCGAACAGCUUGUUUAGAUCGAAAGAAUCAAGAUGCACGUACGUCACAUGUUAAAAUAAGAACUUUCUGGAGAAAAUGGCUAAUUUGCCCCCAAAACUGUUUAUCUCCUAUAACAGGAAUUGGAAUAUUGCUCUAAAACGUUAAAAAAGACCAGUUUGUGAACGGUAUGCAAAAAAUGCCAUUUGGGUGUGUAAUUGCACAUAUACAGUGGCGACAGUCGUAUAGAAUUUCUGAUCCUCGGCAUAAAUGAUCGCCGCCCGCCCUGGUUGUGUGGACGUUGAUAAUCAAUCUCAAUUUAGAGCAUUCAUAUUCAUGUACAAAGAGAAAUCCUUAUUAUUUUGAUUCCUUACAGCCAUGCCUUGAAUCAAAAUAACAGAAAAAUACUCAGUUACCUUUGUUACGUAAAAGAAUUACAUAAUGUAGUUCGCUGUGUAGUUGCAGGUAAUCGAAUACUCCGAGUGUGAAAACCACAAAAAGUAAUCACCUUACACAAAAGUUAAUUCUUCUCAUUAGUACCGUAAGAAAUAAAAGGAGAAUAUGUGUGCUGAUAUUAAAGCAAAAAAAAGUAGAAUUACUAAAUCUUUUAUCUUUAAAGUAAAAAGAUAAAAAGGUAUACUUCUGUAACAGACGACCUGUGGGAGUGUCUUGUACAAGAAACAUUGCAUAUUAGGACUAAACCUGGGUUUUAUCGAUGAGUUGUUUUUUGGCAGCUAAAUUGUAUGAUUAAACCCCUUUUUUCAGUUGAAUAUUGCUAAAAACUAUUGGUCUUAUAAAAGAUUGAAAAUGUAUAUCCAUACUCGAUUCUAUAUUUGUAUUUUUCUAGGUUCGUUUGUCUGGUCCAGUUCUUUAUUUCAAGUGUGUACCCUUAAAUGUUGUACAUUAUUUGCCAUUGAUUUUAGACACAGCUUCAAUGUAAAUAAGUUUCUGAAUUUUACAUGGACUCAAACCUUACUGCAGGUUGUGUUUUGAGAUUGCAAAGGGUUGUUAAUUCCCUAAAAUGAUCUAACAAACAGUUAUUGAUAAUUACUUACAAUAAAACAAAAUGAUGUAAACUCAAAUCUGUAGCCUUGAUACUUGUUUAUUCUUGAUAGGAGAGUGGUAUGUUACCAUUUAUUCUAGAAUUGCCACGAAUACCCCAUUUUGUCUUUAGACUUAAUAUGAAAAUUAGAAUUUGUGCUGAUCAAGUUAGAUCCAGGGGUGCAUUUUUCUUUAGUUCUGAUGUCUCAUAAGUAUUAAUAAUAAUAGUAAUAAUAAUCUUUAUUUCAAAGAAAUAUCAACGAUAAAAAAGUAACACGAGGUUUCUAUGACUCCAUGUCAUCAUUAUCAAAUUGUUGAUCAUUGAUUGUUGAUUUUUCUCUUAAAAUGUAUGUCGAAAUCAAUCUUUAUUUCGAAGGAUAAAAAUACAUAUCCUAAGUUACAAUGAAGUCAAUUAUCAUUAUAAAACCUUAUGCUUAAAAAUUAACCUAUUUACAAAAGUUGUGUUAAAGUGCUCUGCGUUUGUUUUUGGCAAAAGUCACCCUACCUAACAUAAUUUGUAUUUAAUUUAAGUAUUGUCUAUUAUUGACAGCCUAUAUUGAAGAUAUAUCUUAGCUUGACCUUUAAAGCCCCGACAGUGAUUGCUAGCAAAUUUCUCGUAGAUAUAUCAGUGAUUAAAACAUGUAGAUGCAGUUGGGGAGGGGGAAGAGUGCACGGAAUUAAGGAUAUGAUCACCAGAGAUGAAUUCUAUGGGUAUUUGGACAAAUUCUCUCCACUACUACAAUAAGAAACAUCAGUGAGACUAGACAAAGAAGGAGAAUUUGAAUUUUAACAAUAAGGACUAAAAGGCUAAGGCGACGUUGUGAAUCCAGCCCCUGGUUGUUUCAUCUUAAGAACUCUUACCUCCUACACACUGCUUAAACAACUUUAUCUUUUACAUCUCCUCUGCCAUGGCCACUGGUAGACAGCUCUUGCUCAAAUUCACAUCUAUGAACUCUGAGAAUAAGACUGACCUUGAUUUUAAUUUUUAAGUCCCAAUAUCCACAUACAAAUUCUCCAUAGUGAUCUUAGUAUAUUUUUUCCUUAGAGAAUUAGUUGCAAGAAUUUGUUCAGAGAUCAAAGGAUUUUUUCUUUGGUGAUAUUUGUUUUAAAAUUUCUCAUAACCUUUCUCUUACAUAUGUACGAUACUUUUAGGAGAAAAUUGGUAUUGAUCACUCUUGGGACUCAUAGGGGUGACAAUAAUGGUGCUUGUUUAAUCUCUCUAGUGUGUAAGUGGUGCAUGCCGAAAGUGCCCAGAGAAUGAGUCAGACGCCAGACCAGUGUGUGGAAGUGAUGGAAGAACAUAUAGCAGUCGAUGUCUUCUUCAUUACGCAAAAUGCAAACUUGGGAUUAAAGUAAGGAUGGCUUACAAAGGAAAAUGCAGAAAACCAGGUGAGAGAAAACAACAGGCUUAUCUGAAAGUGAACAUGACCUUUGCAGUAAAAUGAACAACCUAAGUGGUUGAAAAAGAGCCUGAAAAAAUUUAGGCCUCUGCGGGAAUCAAGCUUGAUUAGCUGAAAGGAUAGUGCAUAAUUUGCGUUCGGUCAUUGCUUAACGCUUUAAGUCCUAAGAGUGAUCAGCACCAAAUUUCUCCUUGUAAUAUCAAUGCUUUGUAAAACAGAGUGUUCAUGAGAAUCACGGACAUGAUCACACAAGAUGAAUUUGCUUGAUAUUUUAUCAACUUCUCCCCACUACUAUUUUAGGAAAUGAAUAGGGGCAACAAAUGAGAAUUCAAAUUUUGAUCUUAUUGAUUCCUGAUCAAGCCUGAUUUUUUUUAAGUUCUUUUUCAACUGCUUAGGUUGUUCAUUCUACUGGGAAGAUCAUGUUCAAUUUCAUAUCUUUAUCUGCAAUUCUAGGUAUGAUUUAUUUCAUAUCUAUUCCUUAUAUAUGUGUUGUAAUUUAUUUUUUAUCUCAGGUAAUUUUUACUUUCCCUUUGUUUCAGCUUCAUUAGGAUACACUACCAAUUUACCCAAAAACAAAAGAAAAACAAAAAUUACCCGAGAUGAAAAAUCAACUGCAACAUAUAUCUGCAGUUACUUUGAACCACGCACUGCUGCCGCCCCUUAAAGUGAAUGUUAUGUGGGACCAUUCUCAACUAUGAUUAUCAGUGCAUCACAACAUAUUGCAACAUUGUUGUGACAUUUUUUUGAAUUGUUAAAUUGCUCCAACAUUGUUGCCCUUAAAAUCAACACUGCAAAUUGUUUUAUGUAACAUUACUAUGAUUAAAUUUACUCCCAAACAAUUUUGCUUUUUUCUUGAAACAUAAAGUGUUUGAUCCACAAAAAAAAAACUAGUCAAGUUCUAGAUCUCUUUGCUAUGUUUGCUACAAUUUAUUGUUAAAAAUAUUUAUUUUAUUAAUCAUUCAUGCAGGUGCAGAUGACCAAGAUGCCAGAAAAUUCCCACUGCAAAGUGACAACCAGGUAUUAUCACCCACAUCAAAGUGUCUCCAAGACAGGCAGCAAGCAUUACAGAAUGCCAAAUCAAAACAGCUGAUUAUGCUGGGCGUGUUUGUACCCAAGUGUGAGUCAGAUGGGAGUUAUUCUCAAGUGCAAUGCCUUGAUUCAUCACAAUAUUGUUGGUGCGUGGAUAAAAUGGGUAAAGAAAUACACCGCACAAGAGUACGAGGCAGUAGACCAAGAUGUCCUGCACUUAACCUUGCACACAGUAGGUUUAAUUUAUUUUCAUGUACUCCACUGAGUCACACCCUAAAUAUGAACACUGAGAGGGCCACAGAAAGUGUCCCUUUUAAUAUCAUUAAUGGGGUGUCCGUGUUUAAGAAGGUUGAAUUUAAAGAAACUGCAAGCUAGGACUCUUCUUAUAAUUUCCCCAAGGACAAAGAAAACUGUCCGUAUAAGUAAUGAGGUGUCCAUAUUAAGUGGGUGUCUGUGGAAUAGGGUUUGAAUGUAUUUGCUGGAUGGGUCAAUCUUACCCUGACCAAGUGAAAUUAAAAAAAGAAAAUUAUAUAUUUGAAGAUAAAACAAACAUUUGACUCAUUGAAACCCCCAGAUAUCCUUGGCUGAAAUUUGAUCCUCUAAGAUCACAUGAAGAUCAACUUUAAAUUUCUGCCCAUGAUACUGUAUGAAUUCUUAAUCAAUCCUUAAUUGUUUGUGAAUUAUGGAUGAGAUCACCAAAGGGUAAAAAAAUUAUCUCCCUGAUAGUGCCGUAACAUCAUAAUAAUUUAUCACGGAGUUAUGAUGAUAUUAGAAUAAACAUUAAAUUUCUCCUUGAAAAUUUUUUUCAGCAAAACCAUCAGUCAAGCCAGCAGGAAAAAGCUGGAAGUAUGUGAAACCUUGCAGUAAUUGCAAAGGUAAAAUUACAUUCAUUGGAUUUUGCGUAAAUGCAUGUAUAUAAAUUAUAUUACUUAGUCUUCAGUCAUUGAUUUCUUCUUUGUUAAAUGACUACAAGUGCGAAAUAACAGCACAGAUAAAUUAAUGUAGAAUUUGAUACUAAGCUAUGUUUAAUUUGGUCUCAGGUUGUUCACAAGAAACACGAGCUGUUUUUAAUGAGAAACUUGUGACAUUUUUGUCUAAAGAAUUCAUGGAAUAUGUCCAAAGGCCAUCCCCUUCAUCUACAGAUAAAGUUCAAGGUGCGUUUGAGUUCAAUUCACUGAAAAACACUUAUCAGACUCCACUGCAACUUACCAAAUUUGGCUUAAUCUGUACAUCUACUGUUGAACAACAUUUAGAGGUGCAUCUUUGGGCAGAUAGUUAUUAAAGCCAAUUGAUAGAAUUAGAGACCAGAGCCCCUCUCAAAAUCAUUAAUAAUUCAUAAAGAGAAAGCAAAGAAAAUCACAUUAUACCUUGGCAGUGGUUUGGAUAUCGGAUACUAAUUACCAUAACUUUAUCUUUGAAUUUCUCCAAGAAUUAUUGUUCAUUUGAGAAGCUAUCUUCAAAACUCCACCCAGUGUUUCAUCUGAUAUCCUGGCUGCACCUCGUUUUUCAACCCAUGCCACUCCUCGGUGUCUGGAUAUUGGAUGAAACACUGCAGGUGUCAUUUUGGAUAUAUUAAUUCAAAUGAUUUUUUUUUUUCAUAAAAUAAAGUGAUAAAUCAUAUUUGUGAGGAAAAAAUAUUUACAAUUCAAUUGCAAUUUGAAGUGUACAUUUUUUGAUAUUUUUAUAAAGUAUUAAUUGGUAAACAGUCACCUAGGUGGGCCGGAACCCUUAGAAGAAUUUUUUGGGCUGGCUGUUAGGUUGUCAAAUGCAGACACUCAGCCUCACUUAGGGUGUUCUUGGAUUUUUAUGCUCAUCUCCAAGUAUAAAAGUACCGCUUAGGGCAGGUUGUGAGUAAAUAAAUGGAGUUUCUUCCACCCUACCCCUGGGUGUAUGAACUGAUAGUUGGUGGGUAAGGAUGAGGAGGGGAUGGGUAGCAUUGAAAAUUCAUUGUCUGUUGCUCUAAAUCAGGUUAAUCUCUGGCAGUAAACAGCCUCCCUAGCUCAAACUAUCCCUCAAUUUUGUUUUACUGUCGAGAGAAUAUCCAAUCUUAUUCUUACUUUUUAAUUACUCUGUGGAAUUUUAGGUCAGCCUAAAAGUAUGGAAAAGGCUCAUCUCUUACUCUGGAAAUUUACUCAUCUUGAUGCUAACGCUGAUUAUGUGUUGGAAAUGCGAGAGCUUCAUGGCUUCUUAAAGAAAACCAAAAAGACCAUUUCACCCAAAAAGUGCAGCCGUUCAUUUUUAGCCUACUGCGACAAGGACAGGAAUUAUAAGCUCUCACUAAAUGAGUGGUACAUAUGCUUAGGGGUGAAAGGUAAGGCAUAUGAUUUCUUAGCCUGUGGCGCAAUUGUAAUCUAAGCUCAGUUAGUUAUGUCUAUAAAGCAGGGCCAAUAUCUUUGAAUUACCAGAAGUGCAUUUAAAAUUUCUCUUUAACCCCCUGAUCUAGUUGGCAAAUUAACAAUGGCCUUUUUAACAGGCAUAUCAUGGCAGGUAAACAAAUCUUGGUACACACUUGGGUGCCCAGAGCAAGGAUUUUGGCACUGUUUCUUAGACCGACUUAACCAAAAGUUUAGUUCCAUUUAUAUCACAGGCUACAGAUCCCUUCUUGCAUUAUAAUAAUAACCUUAAUGUCAAGUAUAUAUCACAGAUAUUCGGUAAUUAUUGAUUUGUUGAACAAAUUUUCCACAUUACGAUAGUAGACCACAGAAAACAUAAACUCCAACAAAUUUACAAGGUAUCUCUCCCCAUGAAACGUCCAAGCAGCAAGGAGCAGCAGAGAUGGCUAUACUUGCAGGCUACCCAAAACUAGGAGAAGUAAACUCCUCCAUUGAGAAAGUACUCCCACCUCACCAAUCAAGAUUUUGAGAUUUGAUUUUUUAGAAUCUUUAUAAAUUUUUCCCAACAGAGAUCAAAAAGUGCACUGGAGAUUAUCUUGCAGCACUGAAAUCAACACGGCAUUCAACAGACUCCAAUCCUUACCUACCACGCUGCGCAAGUGAUGGUUCUUAUGAACCUACACAAUGUCAUUACUCGCUUGGUUACUGCUGGUGUGUUGACGUGGAUACAGGAAAACCAAUUCCCAACACAACAACUAAAUCCAGUUCACUGGAUUGCUGGAAAUACAGUACGUGAUGAAAAAAUUACGGAUUAUAUUAAUUUUAUUUAGCUGCUUGGCCAGAGUAACACAACACUCCCAGUCUGAAUGCCAGGAGCUUUGCACUAUUCUGGCCCAAGCAGAUUUUAAGGCAAUAUUUUAUCAUUAAAUCAGAUGGUUUAAUUUGCAUCUGUGAGGAUGUGACUAAAAGUCCUGAGUUACGCUUGAUUAUGUUUUGAUAGAAGAAACCUGAUGCUGGUCAUUCUUGUUACCAUUAAGUCCUAGCUUUUAUUUAACCAUGCACACAUUGCAUUUUCUGUUUAAUUAACUACAAGUUCUCUAAUUCAUUUUAAAAUUUACUUUACUUUCUUUUCUUUUUUCCCCAUGUAGCAUCUAAGGACAAUUCAACAACCAUAGUGAAAAAACGUAAGUGGAAUGAAAUUUCUGAAAACCAGCAUUAAUAUGAAACUGCCUUAGAAGUCUAGUGCAGCAAUCACUGAACAUUUUUUUCUGCAAACUUAGCGAUCAUCCAGGCUUACACACAAGACAGUGUCAUACACAGUUGAAAUAACUGUUUUAAUUCUACAUGCAGGUGUUAUCGUUGAUUAAAAUUUAUCAUUCCUUUUAUGUUUAGAAUGUGCCCAGGAUUUAUGGACUUCAUUUAAGAAACACAUGAUCAAGUUAUUCAGAAAGGAAGUUGAAGAAGAUUCACCAUCAAGUAACAACAAUGAUCCCAUCGGUAUGUCAAAAUAUUAGUAUCCAUUUAAAUCAUCUCUGUGUAUCGUACUUGUCUGUCUUCUUAUUAGCUAAGAGCGUACAGUUAAUUUUGGAAAUCAGCAAAACCAGCUGAUUAGUUUAGUUAUCUGCUAGCAGAUCACUGACUUAUCUAUAGGUUGCAGAUUUGCAAAGCAAUGUCAAACCGUGUUCUGUGCAACAGUGUGUUAGUCAUUAUUUUAUUAAAAACUAUGCAUGAUAAAACAAUUUGGAGAUUUGGUUUUUGUGAUAUCCAGAAUAAUCAAGGUCUCAUAAAUGUUAUCAUCCUAGGCUGAACAACCUUGACUUUGAUUAUUCUAGAUAACACAAUUCCUCAUAAUUGUUUAAUUCUUUUUUUAUCCCAAUAUUUUUCUGAUUACUCGUGUCAGAUCUCAUUUUAACCCCUCUUUCUUCCUCUGCGCUUUUACCAAUAAUCCAUAUGAUAAGUUGACAUUGUUCGACUGACAGGUAAUAACAUAUCACAUUCAUUACAAAGGAGUUCAGACUAACUUCAUUUAGUUCAUUAGCCAAAACAUGCACAUUUGUUUAGUAUCACAGUGUCCAUGGCCACAGUUGCAUUUGUUGCACUGUAACAUAACACACAUUACUGUGAUCAUUAAUUCAAACCAAAUGUUUUCUUUCUGCAGGAUCCUCAAUGAGAAAUCAUGAACGCAGGAGUGCAAGGUCCGGUGAUCUUCGAUAUCUUGGCUCACACCUCUCAGAUCAUCAAGUCUUAAUCUGGAAAUUCAAUCGUUUGGACAAAAACAAAGACAAACUUCUUUUGUCGAGCGAGUUUCUGACAUCUGCCAUGAAGAAACAUCUUGGCACAAUAAAAAGAGGAAGAAAAUGUAGCAAAAAGUUAUUAAAUGACUGUGACCUUGACAAAGAUAGAGGUCUGUCAAUACUGGAAUGGACUCGAUGUUUGAGAACAAGUAGAAGAAUGAUGCCUCUGCAAUGAUCGGUGUGAGCUUUUGGAUGAUGGAGACUGAAAUGAUCAGUUUCAACAUUGGUCAGUGCUCAGGAACUGCGUCCAGUAACUGUAAUGCUACCAGUUGGUGUUCCUGUGCUAUCAGUUGGUGACCUGUGCUCUGGACACUAAAAAGAGAUCACGCCAUCACUGUUACAGAUUCCUUUCCAAAUGAAAGGAAAACAUUUUGAUGUCUUUUCUUUGCAACCUGUGCACAAAUGCAAGCAUCCUGAGACAUAAAACAUAGAGGAGUGUAUGUAACACUGCCACAACAUGGUGACAAGCUAAAAUCAAAAAAUAGAUUAGACUUUCUUUGAUAUGCAGUGACUGUGAAAACCCUUUCAUCUGAGGUGUUAGAAUAUUUUGGCAUAGUGAUCUCUUUUUACAGCCCAUGGCUAGACCUCACACACCAGCAACUCAGUGGACUAAAAGAACAAUGGGUGAACAAAAUGUUAUACAAAGACGCUGUUUGACAGUGUAAGAAAUCACAAUUUGAUACAAGACUAGACCCCCCACCAUUACAUGGGAGUUCAUUUAACACUAUAUUUAAAGCUUCAAUUUUUUUUGUACUAAUCUCUUCAUAAUUAACUGCAUUAAUCUAAUAAUAAUUUAUUAUUAAUAUUGUAAAAGUACCCUUUUUAAACAAAAAGUUUUAUAACAAAGUACAGAAGAUGGUGAACAGGUUUCCCC